AUGAUGGUGCAUUGUGCGGGCUGCGAGAGGCCGAUUUUGGACCGGUUCCUGCUCAACGUCUUGGACAGGGCAUGGCAUAUCAAAUGCGUCCAGUGCUGCGAGUGCAAGUGCAACCUGACCGAGAAAUGCUUCUCCAGGGAAGGCAAACUCUACUGCAAAAAUGACUUUUUCAGGAGGUUUGGUACCAAAUGCGCCGGUUGCUCCCAAGGCAUCUCCCCAAGCGACCUCGUCCGGAAAGCCCGGAAUAAAGUCUUUCACCUGAACUGUUUCACCUGCAUGGUCUGCAACAAGCAGCUCUCCACGGGCGAGGAACUCUAUAUCAUAGACGAAAACAAAUUUGUUUGCAAAGAGGAUUAUUUGAACUCUCCCACGUUGAAGGAAGGCAGCCUCAACUCAGUGUCCUCAUGUACAGACAGGAGUUUGUCCCCGGAUCUCCAGGACCCCAUGCAGGACGACACCAAGGAGACGGACAACUCGACCUCCUCGGACAAGGAGACCACCAACAACGAGAACGAGGAGCAGAACUCGGGCACCAAGCGCAGGGGGCCCCGCACCACCAUUAAAGCCAAGCAGCUGGAAACCCUCAAAGCUGCCUUUGCUGCCACCCCCAAGCCCACUCGCCACAUCCGAGAGCAGCUGGCCCAGGAGACUGGCCUCAACAUGAGAGUCAUCCAGGUCUGGUUCCAGAACCGUCGGUCGAAGGAGCGUCGGAUGAAGCAGCUGAGCGCGCUGGGCGCCCGCCGACACGCCUUCUUCCGCAGCCCGCGCAGGAUGCGGCCCCUCGGCGGCCGCCUCGACGAGUCCGAGAUGCUCGGCUCCACACCCUACACCUACUACGGAGAUUAUCAAGGUGACUAUUACGGACCGGGAGGCAAUUAUGACUUUUUCCCCCACGGGCCGCCCUCCCAAGCCCAGUCCCCCGCCGACUCCAGCUACCUUCAGAACUCAGGACCCGGCUCCACACCCCUGGGACCCUUGGAGCCCCCCUUAAGCGGACACCACUCCUCAGAAAACCAAAGGUACACGGAUAUGAUCUCGCAUCCCGACACCCCCAGCCCCGAGCCGGGGAUGACCGGCUCGCUGCACCCCAUCCCGGGGGAGGUCUUCAGCGGGGGGCCCAGCCCCCCUUUCUCCAUGUCCAGCAAUAGCGGUUACAGCGGGGCCCUCUCGCACCCCAACCCGGAGCUCAGCGAGGCAGCGGUGUGGUAG